UCCUGAGUGUUCUCUGCAAAAAGCUCUCUUUGCACUAAAAGGAAUUAAUGGCGGCUCAAAGUAAUUUUAUUAGCGAAAUUAACACCAAGCCGAUGAAUUGGAGGUUAAAGGGCGACCGCAUUCACGCAAGUGUUGGCAGGAAUAUCAUUCAAAGUUUGAAAACGAUGAACCAAGAAAUCAAGGAAUUGGGUUUGUACAUCAUGAAGAAUUUCAUGGUUUGUCCAAAUAAGGAGAAACUGAGGACCAAAGACCACUUUGUAAGUUGAUUUUCACGCAGAAGACCAUUGUUGAGGAAAUACAGGAUCCAUAUUUCAACAUGUGUAUCUUCAAAUUCAGACCCUAUGAGCAGUUGUCUAAUCCACAAGACUUUGACGACACCGAACUAUUCGAUGUUAUCGGCCAAAUUGUGAGUUAUGGGGACGUACAGUCUGUCAACCAAGAUGGUAACGUCCGGAUGUUCAUGAACGUUGAGCUGCAGGAUUAUAAGAGCAACAACAUAUCUGCAACAUUUUGGGGCGACUUUGUGGAACAGAUCAAGCCACAUUUGAUUGAAUCGAAUGAUAAGCCUGUUGUCGUCGUCAUGCAGUUGGUUAGAGCACAUCGAUUUCGAGAACAAUAUUCAGUGAGGAACACUUGGCACGUUUCCAAGCUUUGGAUCAAUUCAGAUCUUCCUCAAAUUCUUGACUUUAGCUCCAGAAUCGUCUCAGUGUGUGGAGAAAGCUCACAAAGAAUUACUCAAAUUUCGUCUCAAAAGACUCAUUCUAUUGAAGAUGAAUUAGCAUCUGGAAGUGUUGGAGUUAAAACUAUUGAGGCUUUGAUUGACUCUAAGCAUCCGGGAAACUUCUGGAUUGUAGCAACCAUUGUAUACAUAGACCUAGAGCAUGGAUGGUCUUAUUUAGCAUGCAAAAUGUGCGCAAAGAAGGUUGAGCCAGAGGGGAAUAAGUUCUAUUGUAAAAAAUGCGGGCAAGUUCCAUCUGCCAGCCAUAGGUUCAAGCUAAAAUUAGGAGUGAUAGAUGACACCGGUACAAUUAUUUUGAUGAUGUGGGAUAGGGAUGCAGCAAAAAUGAUCGGAAAGUCAGCAAAUGAUUUAAAAAAUGUUGUAUCUGAGGUAUACUACAAACUAUCUAUACAAAAUAAGACCACCAACGUGUAAAAAAUUAUCAUUAGCUCACUUAUAUAUAAUAGAGGACUGAAAGCAUGUUUACAAAAUAGUCAACUGCAUGAUCUUACAAAUGUUUAAAGAGAUUUAAGCUUUUACAUAUCAAUUUUAAGUUAUAUGAACCGGUGAUUGGCAAUUAAAAAUAUUUUUGUUUACUCAAAUUCCAAAAGAAAAAUAUCGUAAAGCCUUUAAUAGGCUCUUAAGUUAUUUAGCUUUAACUUAAUUGACAAAUUAGUUAUCAGACACCCUCUUUAGUAAAGUAUAAAGCCAGUCUAAUGUGUAAUAUUCAUCUUUUUUUUUCUUCUUAGCAGUUCAUGAUGAAUUGUUUAAUUCAAUGUUUAAAGUAUCUAUCUAUUUUUCUAAUCUCAGAUAGCCAGUGUGAAUUUCAUGCUCCUGAAGGCUUCAUUAAUUUAUCUAGGCAAGCCAUAAUCAAAGACAUGCUUUAAUGUGGAAGUUAAAUUGCAGCAUAAACACUUAUGCUUUCAUUUUAGAUUUCCCCUCUUCUACUUUAGUCUUUUUAUAUUAGUAGCUUGCUUUAAUGUAUUGUUCCUGGUAUUUGGAUUAUGCUUACUAACACACUUAUUAUGACAAUUGAAGCAUCAUCUUUGUAACAGCUUCAACCAUUCUGAUAUUUCUUUUUUAGACUUCGGUGUCACAGAUGACUCUUCAAUACCAAUAGAGAUAGAAAAUCUUAUUGAAAAAAGAUACAUGUUUAAAGUGGAUGUUCAGAGUUCCAACUUGUGAGAAUCAAGAUGAAGUCUUUAAAGUUCUUACGUUUACUGAUGACGAGGAUAUUAUAGAAAAAUACAUUCCUUCUCCACGUGCAGAGACAUUCAAAGAUCCAGAUUUCAGUAAUAACCAAGUCAGUCAUGAAGAUAACGAAAUCACGGUGAAUUUGCGACUAAUCAUUAACUUCUUUAGAUUAUUGAUCCUUUUAAUUAAAUGAAUUGCAGCUUUUAAUAAUAAAACAAAUAGAAACCAUAGAUUCAAUAUUGAUUUUCACCGUUGUAUUUUUAAUAUGUAGGAUUCUACUGAAGAUGCUGAGUUGAUCGACGUCGCAAGUACACCUG